GAGGAAACCGGCAUAUAGUUAAUGGUCAAUGGAUAUGGUUGGGUGUGUGACAAUUUUCUUUUUUUUGUAAAUAGAACAUUUGGUAAUUAUAAACUUAUGAAGGCGUUAUAACUAUCAGUCACAAUGAUGGCCGAAUAUCAAUAACGUCGAAAUAACUAACGAGAGAGUAUCGUCGAGUGAAAUAGGUACCGGAUCCUGCGGAGUGUCAUCGGGCGUAGGCAGCGACUCGGAAAUCAUGGCCGAAUUGGCAGCACUUUUACGUCAGGAGAUUCCCGAGGGUCGUGGGAGUCUCGCGGACAGUCACACGAAUUUAGAGCGUGUCGCUGAAUAUUGCGAGGCAAAUUAUUUUCAAGCUGAAAACAAGAGAAUCGCAUUGGAGGAGACAAAAAAUUAUACAACACAAUCACUUGCCAGUGUCGCCUAUCAGAUAAAUACACUCGCCUACAAUUUUCUCCAGCUUCUCGACUUGCAGACCUCGCAACUUGACGAGAUGGAGAGUCAGAUGAAUCAUAUCGCUCAAACAGUAAUGAUACACAAGGAAAAAGUUGCCAGGAGGGAAAUUGGCGUUCUCACUGCCAAUAAAAUGACCAGUCGUCAGUAUAAAAUCAUCGCUCCGGCUAAUCCUGAGAAACCGAUUAAGUAUGUGAGGAAGAGCAUUGAUUAUACAAUUCUCGAUGAUAUUGGUCAUGGCGUUCGUGGCGGAGGAACGCCGAGGAGUAAACAAAGGGGAGGAAGUCAGGGAAGUGUGCAAAGUUUGGGAGUUGCUUCUCAAAGUUCCGCCCUGGCGGCGACUAUCGUCGGUCCUGCUCCGACUACUAAACCUCCCACACCUCCCCAGAGUGUCCGGACAGGAACUUUGAGCAAAGGUUCUCGAGAGUACAGAACACCUCCGGCAGUAGCUCCGCCGCAAGUGCCGAGUCAUUACGCACCAAAUUACCCACUGGGACAUCCUAGACGAGAACGUGGUCCCGGAUACAGUACUCUGCCUUUGCACGCACACACAACUCAACAUCAGAAUCUCGGUUCGAAUCAUAAUACGAUGAUAAAUACAGGGAAUCAACAUACUUCGCCACCACAAGUCGGAACCGUUCAUCCCCUACAGAGUCAUCCUCAAACUCCUCCACCGGCUCCUCCUAGUGUAACUGGCUCCACAAAUUACGUGCAAAUUCAGGAUCAACACAAUGGCAUGCCUCAAACUGGUUCACGUCCUAAUUGGCCUUCAAUGGGUACAACAGUAAGGUUUAAAGCUCCUCCUUCGCCGUUAGUGGGAAUGAAUUCGGAUGUUGGGGACUACACCGGACAUCACACUCUGCCACACAGAUUGUCCCAUCAGGUGAGUCGCAGCAGUGGUGCCAACAGUCCGCCCUUACCUCCGCCACCACCUCCAGAAAAUGAGGAACACUCUCAAUUCGGAAGACCGACACAAUCCAGUGGAGCUAUCAUGCCCAUCGUGCCCGACGAGGAGGAUUUACCUGGAUGGGUGCCAAAGAAUUACAUAGAAAAAGUUGUGGCAAUUUACGACUAUUACGCCGACAAAGAGGACGAAUUGAGCUUCCAGGAGAGUUCAGUCAUUUACGUUUUGAAGAAAAAUGACGACGGCUGGUGGGAGGGAGUAAUGGACGGAAUAACAGGCUUAUUUCCUGGAAAUUACGUCGAACCAUGCGUUUAAUUAAAAAAAAAAAAAUUGUUUUUAUACCCCCUUGACCUAUAACAAAGCCAGUUAAUUAAUUAAUUUCAAUUCUCCCACUUUAUACAACAGACUUUUUAUUUAUCGAAUAAAGGAAGAAUUGCCGACUAUUUAUAUUAUUUUAGUCGCUAAAUCAAUUUUAAAAACUUCCCUUUUUCAAGUUAGAUUAGAAAAAAAAAAACGUGUACGAAAAUGAUAAUUUUUAAAUAUCCAUGUAUCUGAUUAUACAGUCCAUGAAUAACUUCCAUUUAUAUAUAAAAAAAAAUUUCAAGGACUUCUAGACAUUUUUUGAAAAGAUUUCCAUUUGACAGACUGUAGUUAAAGGGUUAUUUAUAUUUAUAUUUUAGCUGAUAUUUUUUCACCUUGGAAUGGAGGGAAACAUUAAAAAAAAGAACUAAAAUGUAUUUCUAAGCAUUUAUUUGUCAUAUAUUUAGAAACAACAUCGUUGUAUUGUUCCAAUUAUAAUCAACUUUUUUAAAGCGAUUUCAAUAAAAAUUGGUUAAAAAUAUAA